GAAGAUUUUUUAAAGUACUGUAGUCACGUAAUCUGCCAUUUUCAUAUUAAGACAUUUGAUUUAUCAGUAAGACAAAAGUGUAACAUUUGAAACAGUACAUAGUUUUUCUUUCUCAGAAUUUAUUUCAUUCUCCAAAUGGGAUUGUUUUACUUGUUUUUGUAAUACAUGGAUUGUAAGACUUAGGUUAUAAGUACUUUAACAGCCAUCCUUCGUCCCAUGAAAGUCAGAUGCACUAGCUCCUAUUGUGACGUUUUAUCUAACUGGAGUUUACUUUAUUUUCCUACUUGUGCAGUAAAGACGCAGAAAAGCAGUUCUCGUUUUUAAGCUUUGCAAUGGGAAGGAAAAAAAAGACUCUCCAUGACUAUGCAGCUGAGUUCAGUGACCUGGCGGUGAAGAGGCAUGUAGUGGAGCAGCAUGAAUCUGGAGAGAGAACUCUUGUGGAACUUCUUUACUGUCGGUCCUGCGGGAUUCCAAUGAGAGUUCGACGGGAUCGGAUCCUGGAGCACCUGGCUUCAGCACGCCACUACCGCAACAGAAGGCUGAUUAAGCAGCAGUGGGAAAGGAAGUCUUCCUUAAUAACAUCUUUUCCUUCAGACCUGCAGCCUGUCAAAUUAGACUCACCUCAUCGUUUAGGAGCCACCAGCCCUUGCAUCUCCAUCACCAGCAGUAACCCUCAUCUGAUCUCCCAACACCAGCCAGCACUACCAUUGCGAUCUACAGGCAUUAGUUCCACUCCACCUACAACAGCUGAUGACUUACCCUCAACCUCAUCCAUCCAGCCGAACAUUUUCACCAGUGGCCAUGUUAAAAACUCACCCAUUUCAGCAUGGAAGACUUCGUGGUUAAUGGGAACUGACACUUCCAGUAGUGUCGCUGUAUGGCAGGGUACUAGUGCAGGCCCAGUAGUCAGAGGUGUGGGUCUUGCUCUGUUUGGUGUUUCUGCUGACUGCAAGACUCUGUGUCAGAGUCUUGUAGAAGAGGGACGCUGUCAGCUGCUCUAUGUUGUUGAAGAUCAGCUCUGGGAAGUGGAGAGCGUCUUCAGUCAGGAGCAACUGAGCCAUAUAAGGAUCCUGCGCUCAGUAGACACUGACAUUGUCUUCAGUGACAAGCGGGUUUUGGGGAUUGUUGUUUGCAGUCCUCCCGAUGAAGCCUCAGUUAUUAUUGUGGAUGCUUUGAGAGCAGGUAAAGGAGUUCUCUGUGAAAAGUUGCCCAGUUUGGAUCAGCAGAUUGCAGAGUCAUGCUUCAAUGAAGCAGACAGAUUCAGGAAGCCAUUGGUGUGUGGCUUUUACAAGCGUUUUGACCCGGCAUUGCAGUUCUUAUAUAAAAGAGUUCAUGAAAAUGAAACUGUGGGCAGAAUUCAACAGAUAUCCACAGUUAGUCGGAUGUAUCCUCCAUCCUCUGUGGCCAGAAGUAAAGCGGCAGGUGGUGUGUUUUUCCACAGUGCCGUGCAUGACAUUGAUGUGGUCUGCUGGUUGCUGGGAGAACAUGCCCCAGACACCAUCUUCACACUUGGCCAUGCAUUUUGUGCAGAAAUGGCUGCUGUCAAUGACGCUGAUUUCGUUUCCAUUUCAAUGAAGUUCCAGAGUGGAGCAGUUGCUUCUUUGGAUAUCAGUCAACACUGCCACAAGAGCUGCGACCAGAGAUUAGAAGUACAUGGCUCAGAAGGUUCUCUGCACAUGGAUAACCGUAACCCCCUGGGGAUCGCUGACCACAGCACUUCAGCAUCUCUGUGUUUGCAGGCAACCUCUGACCGCUACAGGGAUGCCUACAGAGAGCUUAUUCGUCACUACCUCAGGACUCUCAGAGGGAAGGAAAGUCCAUUUUUCACCAAAGAGCAGUAUUUGUGGACAAUCCAAGUGGCAGCCGCAGCUGAGCAGUCGUGGCGCAAUGGCACCGCUGUGGACCUGCGCAGAGAAGCAGUGGAAACCUCGGUUAUCAAGACGGAGGUACCCUGAGGGGGCCAGAGUGCGGAUUGUGGGGAACAACACACUGCGUCGACCAAAGCAUGAAAAAGUGGAUACAAGUUUGUGAGCAAACUGGAUUUUUUUUUUUAUUCCUCCUGUCCACCCUGGUUCUGAAUCCAAACUCUGAAACUUGUAAACUGGAAUUUUAAAGGAUUCAGAGCAAUGUCUAUCUCUGUAAUUAAUAAAACUGUAUUAUUAAUAUAA